AUGAACCUUUCCUGUGUGCAGAUCGUAGUCUACUGUACAGCCUUUCUACUCUCAAUCCGUCAGAGUCUGGCGGCAUCUUCUGUUCACACGACGAUCUCCUUCCUGGAACCUUUUCGUCUUACGAGAUCAUCUGAACAUCGUAGCAUAUACACGAUCCGACUUGAUCUGCAUCUGUAUCAGAGCGUUGGGCUCAGAAACUAUCAUGUCUCUGAACUGACCUCUAUUACUCUCAAUUUGCGCGAGCUUGAAUACCAGCUACGAUACAAUCGAUCUCUACGCCAAUUCUUGCAUUUGGGUCCGGCCAUGGGUGAGCUACCUGGAAUCGCCGCUGGCUUUCCGAUCGCUGUAGAUUGGGGAGAAGAGAGCCAUUACCUGUUUGCACUGCUUAGCGUGCAUCCUCCCAAUCGCGAUAUUCCUUCAAUCACGCUACACGGUUUUGCCAAAGUGCGGGCGGUAGAUGAGACUCCCAUUGAAGAGAUGCUCGCUGGCGUUCCUCGUCAGCCGGAUGAUCAAGUUGGACCCGGCGACGUACUUAGCAUUCGAGGCAUCUUUCGACAGGUUCUUGAACAUCAUCCUGUUUAG